GUCUCAAGAGCUCGCCAGAAUGGUCGCCCACAGGUUCCACCAGUACCAGGUGGUGGGUCGCGCGCUGCCGACCCCCGGCGAUGAGCAGCCCAAGAUCUACCGCAUGAAGCUCUGGGCCACCAACGAGGUCCGCGCCAAGUCCAAGUUCUGGUACUUCCUGAGGAAGCUCAAGAAGGUGAAGAAGGCCAACGGCCAGAUGCUCGCCAUCAACGAGGUAUAUCACUUCUCUCUAGUUGCCAUGAUCCGUGGAUGCAACUUUAACUGUGCUGGCUGGUACUAACUGCUGUGGU